UAUGUUGAAUCUUCUAAUGUUCUUCCUUUUUAUAUAUUUUCUUAGUUUUCCUUCUCGACAUGUAAUACCUAUUCUAAACCCCAGCAAGUCCGCAUGCUAGGAUCUCCAAGAAAAAGACUACAGGAAUUUUCUAGCGGAGUGGGUAAAAUACGUCUGAUCAGUGCUGUAAUAAGGGUUGGAAGGAGAGAAGAAAAUGAUGGCAUGGAGGCAAAGCGUGUACAAUCUUGUUCGACCACUUUGUGUGCGAAAUCUGAGCGGAGCGAUUGAGGUGCGGGGUUCUCAAAGCCCAUGCCCUGCAUUUACAGUAACAAGCGGAAUACCAUUAGCGGCAGCUCCUCCUCCUGUGCUGUGUGGGCGAGGGGAUAAGAAAACCAAGAAAGGCAAACGCUUCAAGGGGUCUUUCGGCAACUCGCGCCCGAAGAAAGACAAAAAGAUUGCCCGCAUCAAAGAAAAGGUUGAGGUCCCCACUUCCACUCCCUGGCCGCUGCCGUUCAAGCUCAUUUGAUUGUAACUCAUUUCAUAUUUCACUAAUUUCAUAUCUAUUUUACAGAUGAUCUCAAUGUUUUUUUUUUUGGAUGGUAUUGCAAAAAUUUCCAAAUCAUGUUUUGAAUAUUAUUUGGGGUUGUUGGUAUCCUUCAGUUUGAUAUGCAGUGUAUGAUGCUGUACUCAGUACUGUUCAACUUGGUCUCUCAUUUAGAUAUGGAACUUUUUAGUUUUCAGA